AGUAAGAUCGGAGUAGCAGCUUAAACAAGAGGGGGUGAGGAUUACUGAAGCAACGACGUCAGAAGAUCAAAACGUUCAAAGGGGAAGUGUAGAAAUUGAAAUGGAGAGCGAGGGAGAGUUGUACGGAUUGGCUCUUAUGCUUCACAACACUGAAGACGCCGCAAAGAAGAGCUGUGAUUUGACUGGGCUACCAGACAAAGAGCGGUCUGAUGAUCACGAGAGCAUUAGAGGAGGGAAAACAGAAGGGACCUCUGAAAACAAAGACGAAGAUUGUCUAAAAUGCUGCCAAAAGAUUAAUCGAAGUCUCAUUAUUUACAAAAGUUUUUACUUCUUUUUUUUUUCGGCUGUGGGUUCCUUAUUUCCUUAUCUCGCAGUGUUUUAUAAACAGUUAUGGCUUUCCGCCCAUGAAACAGGAAUACUGAUCGGAAUCAGACCAUUGAUUCAGCUUUUCGGAACGCCUAUGUGGGGAAUCAUCGCAGAUACAUACAAGAAAAGCAAGCUGAUCUUUGUGGUGUCACUGGUUGCAUGGUUGGUGUCGAACUAUUCCUUAUCUCUCGUAUCUCCCGUUUUUCAUUUGGGCGUUUGCAGUGAUAACGCUACCUUAGCAAUCAUCCAAGAAAUUAUGAAGGAAAUGAAAAACAGAACUAUUCCACAGAAGAAUAACACAAAUCAUCAUGGGCAGUUCAAGCAUAAACCCUCCAUAGCUUUUCCAGUAAACUCUGGAAAUUCAAGUAAUCAUUGGUUUGAGAUAAUCAGGAAAGAGAGGGCAGAGCAUCUUUGGAAGCGAAACACAGGUCAAGCAUUGAAGCAUAGAAUUCAAAACAAAGUAAACAUAGCACUUCAAGGAAAUUAUUAUGCAAACAUUAUGCACUACUUAAAGGACAAAGCCGACAGUACUUUGAUUUUUAAGAGUGGUAUCAAACACGUAAAUCGAUUUUUAGACAGAUCAAAAUUCCAUACAAGUACCCCCCCCACAGUGAACAGCUUCAUGGUUCGCAAGCAAAAUGUUUAUAAAGGUAGAAUUGUUCAUGCGUCACUUGACAAUAAUCAAAGAGCGAGGAAUAGGAACCGUCUAAUUGCAACAGGAAAGUACUUCAAAUUAGGCACCGAUGACCAAAGAUUACGCCGUGCCAGCUUGGAUAAAAGAGCACUAAUGUCGAAAUCAGAUAUCUUAAAACUUCUCCGGAAUUCAAGUAGUAUCAACGAGAACGAGUUUUACACUGAAUUCAACAGCCGAUGGAUGGAAAGAGUUUUCGACUCCCUGAACAUGGCCGGAGAAUAUCCAUGGCCUCUGGACACAGUGGCGAGCUAUGACUCAACACAGGAGGCACGUGAGUGGUUAAAUCCACAUGAUCGUGACUUGUUUACCAUCCUGUUUGUUAUUACAGCUACUGGUACACUAAUUGCUGCACCAGCCAUUACCUUAGCUGACACUGCCACGCUGCAGAACCUUGGUAACAGACCAGAAGACUACGGCAAGCAGCGUCUAUGGGGUGCGUUUGGCUGGGGAAUAGCAGCCUUUAUUGUUGGAUCAAGUCUAAGCACAAUUGAAGAACUGAGUAACUGUAAUAAUCCUUUGAGUGUAGAUUACCUGCCAUGCUUUUACGCUUUUGCAUGUCUCAUGGGCGUGACUGUCUUGAUUGGUGCUUUGUUUGAGUUUGACGAAAAAGAGUCGCACGAAAGUAGCAUCUGGAAAGGGCUUUCUGUGUUGUGUGACUGUCAAAAUAUAUACUUCAUCUUCACAAUUCUGUUCUGUGGGAGUGCAUUGGGCUUUAUAGAAACUUUCUUGUUUUGGCAUUUGCAGGAUUUAGGCGGGACACAGUUCUUGUUUAGUACCAUUACUGCUAUCCACUGUAUUUCUGAGGUGGCAGUGUACUGUUGUUCUGGUACGUUCAUCAAAUGGCUGGGGCAUCACCAGGUUCUCUACGUUGGACUGUCAUGCUACAUAAUCAGAUUUUUUGGCUAUGCCCUUAUUACAAAUUGCUGGGUAGUACUACCUUUUGAGAUCCUUCACGGCUUGUCCACAGCAGCAGUAUGGUCAGCGGCAGUCGUCUUCGUGGGACUCAUUCCUGGGGCGCCUGCAACAAUGCAAGGCAUUCUUGGUGGUGUGCACUGGGGUCUGGGUAAUGGUGGGGGAGGGGUGCUUGGUGGAUUAUUAAUCACUUACGCUGGUGCUACAACUUCUUUCCUCAUAUUUGGAGUGAUCAGCCUUGUUGACUUAAGUUUAUUCAUACUUUUGAACAACAUGGAAUUUUUUAACUGCUUUGAAUGGUCCAAAGGGAUUGGCACACAAUUAGAGGAUAGUCCAGUGGAAGAUGAGACCUAUAAAAUUGAGAACCUAGAACCAGAUUAUGACGAUCUUUAUUAAACAUUUUAUCUUACAGUUUAGUGAGCUGUUUUUUUAACCGUACACUCUACGAUGAGUGUAUCACAAACAUUCUGAUCCAAAAUAGAUAAGCCUGGAUUAAAUUAACACUGGUGUAAGAGAAAGUAGUAAACUGUGCUAAGAAUUUUGCAACGAAAAAGCUUUUCAUUUUAAGUAGUCUCAAACAAAACGACCAUAAUUGUUUCAGUGCUUUCAUUCUGAUGCAGUUUUGCUUGGUUGAUAUAUUUUUUGUUGAUCCUCCACGAAAACAUGUAAUAAGGUAAUAAUAACACGGGCACAAGUUAGGGCAUGUUAGUCAUUACUGGUCCCCAGAGUCACUAAAACCAUGCAAUCUCCUAUCCUUAUCGUUUCCAUGAAAGAUCGGUACCAAAAUGUAGUCAAAGAAUCUGAGUUUGCUGGAAGAAACUAUGAUAGAUUUCUGUUGCCGUAAAUAUCCAAAUCGAUUAGCUAUAACUCUGACAUUGACCAAACAGAAAGUAGACCGAAGUGACAUCCUCUGUAUUUAGCUACAAUGUUUAGUAAAGAAAGAACUUCCUAAAAGAGAAAACUCCUGAUAUCCUGCGUAAAAUUCGAGUAAAAACCUAGCCAGAUUUACAUAAUAACCCAGAGCUACCACUGCUAGUCAUUACAGGAAAAGCUAAAAAACACACCCACGCUACAGCUUUGUGGCACAGCCCACUCUCUUGGAAUUAGCCCAGGGGACCCCAAAUGCACACUAUCUGAUGGCUAUGUCCAUGCAGACCUUUGCGAUGGCUAGCAUUACAAAGCCGAACAACUGCCACAAAGUGAGUAAUGUACUAGUCACAAUAAAAAAAACCCCGAAAUGUCGACCAAGUAAAUGCCUGAAUGAAUAGCCUACCAUGCAGCACCGAAAUUUGCGUUCUUCUGCAGGAAAAUUCCAUCAUCCCAAGAUUUGCUCAGGUCAGUAUCUCGUAUAUUUUACGCCA